GGUACCCAGCUGGAUUUUGGCAUUGUAUGUGUGCUCAUAGUACAGUUCACACUCCUGGGAGCUGCUGUUCUGUUUGCAGCUCUCCUGUUUUCUCCAGGUGAGCUGGAGUCUCAUUACACUCUCCCCACAAAGUAGGAAGAAGGAAGAUUAGUAAUUUAACUGAAAGAAAUUCAAAGAAAACCCAUGGCAGUGAUGGGAACAGGAACUGCAAUGCUACCUUUUGUCCACAGUGACAGCGUGGGGCACAGCAUUGCUGGGGGUGAUACGGGAUCCAGGAAAGCACUCAGCUCACCAAGGAAAGAUUUGGGGCCAGUAUGACUAUCUGUAGGAGCCAUAGGUACAAGGUUGCAGUUAUCUGUCCCAAACAGGAAGAGCAGCAUGUAUUUGAAGGAGAACUCCUGGAUUUGGCUUUCAUAGCCCUGGCAAUGCUCUCUCUUUAGAAUGAGAGCUUGUUCCAAUUUUUGCAUGGAAGGGAGAGCUUAUUCUCUUGGGUUUGCAUGGUUGCUGCCAACCCAUAGCUGGAAAAGUAACACCUGUGAUGAGGAGGAAGAGGCACUUAUGCCUGCUACUUGCCUGGGUGAAGCAGACCCCCCCCAUGUACCUUCUGGAACAAAACACAUUCAUGGCAUUGAUGCUGGGAACGCUACUGCCCUGGGGGUAACCUCAGUCACUGGUAUCUCUUUCCAGAGGUUUGUAAUGCUGCCUGGGGAGCUGGGGUGGGGACAAAGGUCUGUCUGUUGGUCAUUCUGUGAGAGGAAUGCUGCUCUAUUGUCAACAGUGAGGACUGGUUCUUGAUUUCUGAUGAAUAGUGGCUGGGUUGUAAAUAGUAGAAAUCCGCACUGUCUGUUUGCUUAGACCUAGAAGACUAAUUUAUUGUUCUUUCCUCUUACAAAGCCAGUCUUGGAACCUAUUCCUCCCAGCAAAGGAGACAGAUACUCUUACGCAAAAGGUGUUUAUAACUUUCCAUUAAUCAUCCAGAAAGGGUUGUCAAACAGGAAGGUUAGGCGGUUUAAAUCUCCAAGUUAGGCAGUUUAAGUCUCCAAAUUGCUGACUCUGAAAGCACAAAGUGAAAGUUUAAUUUGAAGUAACCUUUAAUGGAACAAACUGUAACCCAUUCUUGUCCUUGCUCUGUGCUCAGCACCAGGAGGUAACAUGAAAAGAAAUGUCCCAUCGGUCUGUUUUUUGCCUUCCCACCCUUACGUGAUUAUUUUUUUGUUGGAGCUUCCAUCCAGAGUUACAGAGGGAACACGUAAGCACAGGACUGUCCUCUAGGCACGUAAUUUCAGUCUAAAAACAUCAUCGUUCUCUCAGACAAAGGAAUGUGUUUUCAUGUUAGGCCUUCCUCACACACCCAGUCGCUGACAUUUUCCAAGAAACUCUGAGAGUGAUACCUGUGAACAGAAAACUUCAGAGAACUGCAAGUCAGCUUUGCCCGAGCUGUACAUUUGACAUGGGAAGACAAGUGUAUGGACUGCGGGGACUGCUAAGCCUGCCAGGGCCAGGUCCUUGUUACAGUGUUUUUGUAGACUUGAGGGUUCAGUCAGUCUCCGGGACUGACCGCCUCUCUGCACUUUGGCAAAGGGAGCUGUGUGUCAUGAUAGCCUGAAGAAUUUUGCAAAGAAAACCCUCUGUGGGUAUUAGAUCCAAUUGUCCUCCAUUACUUGCAAGCAGUUUACCUGCAGGAGUCUUACACAGGUCCCAGUAGCACAAGAAAGGUUUCCACUCCUAUGCUGGUGACGAGCCUUGGGCAAUUGGUAGAUAGGGAUGUGGUGGUAUCCUGCUGGCUUGCAUGAUGUUAUUUCAGACCAGCUGGUCCUUCUGCUUAUGAAGACAUUUUCAAGACAGACAUGCACAGUGCUGCAACAGUAAAGAUACGUGUUUUUCUCAGGACAAAUUUUCUUGCUGAUAAAAAAUAAAAGUAGAAAAUGAUGAGGAUGGGCUUUGAGAGGCAAGAGGGGGACUUAGUCCCCAGAUUGGGAAAACAGGAAAAUGUGAGAAAGCUGGAGGGAAAAAUGCAGCUAGAAGAAGAGACUGUGGAAGACCUGGAACAGUCCCCUCAGCAUGGAACACUCCAGAGAGGGUGCAUCUAGGGCAGGGCAUCAUAGGGCAUCUCUCCUUUCUCAGAGGAGGCAAACCAGUGACACAGCUGUGCUUGUACCUCCAUGCACGAGUGUCUGGUUUGUCCCCAGAAGACCACAGAAGUACAGAAGUUCUUGGCUUUUCCAAGGCAGAAGGCAGUCCACAGGAGUGCACUGACCACAGGGGGUUCCACAUCAGGGCAUACCCUGGCAGGAGCACACAGGUCGUGUAGGUGGAUUUGCCAGCUUCGAGCUCAACGUGGCUCAUCACCACGUUUUGAAAUAUGAGAGCUUGUUCUGACUGGUGCUGCUUCCUUCUUCCCUUCAAGGUCAGGUGAGGCCAAAAACAGGUAGAACUGAUAAGGCAGCAUCAGACUCUCCUCCCAGCCUUCAGGGUGGGUCUGCUGGUUCUCCCAUCUGCAGUGCUUCUCAAGCACCUCAGCACCACCAUUACUCAUGUUAGGAGCAGAAGGCUGGAAAGGUCUCCAGCAUUUCAUCUUUUUCAACCUGCUGUGCCUUCACCUCUCUUUAGUGUUUCAUCAAACUUGGCUUGUCAGUAUGCCACUCCAUCUUCUCCCACUUCCUCUCCUUCAAUGAUACCUCUUCCAGUUUUCCAGUGACACUGAAAUAAUACGCGAACAUGCUGUAAGAGAACUCUUCUGAUAAAAUUACUACUUCCGAGGAAAGAAAUGUGUUGUACCAUGAAGGGCAGUGACUGGUCUCGUUCUUGUGCAUGUGCCUCCCAUGGGCCACUUCUUGGGCCCUGCUGUUUUUUCUCUUUUUCCUAACUUUCAGGCCUUCCUGGUCCCACUGUUCCCUUGUGCAGGCAAGAGGCAGCAUGUGAUGUGGCCAGCCCUAUGGCACUGGCUGGUGGGCCCAGCAAAACUGGUGCCUGCUGAGGCCUUCCCUCAGUCAAGAGCCGAUGUCUGCCUUCUCCAGGUACUCACCAGCUUUCAGAUCACGCGGGACCAGAUCCUGCUGUCACGUCUGGUCAGAUAUUGCUAAUAAAUCCAUGAAGAGCUAAGCAGACUGUGUGGCCACGUACCCUUGAUUUUUUUUUUUUCCUGGCAAGUGUCCCAAAUACCUCAUUUUUUUACAGCAUAAACGUGGUAAGGGGUAGUCUCUGGCAUGAGCUGCUCACUAGUUAAUGUGAUGUUACCAUGGGUGAAUGGCCUUGCCCUUGUCCUACCAGUGCAGUCUGUCCUUGAGACGCAGACCUGUUUUUCCCAAGUGGAAGUAACCCAACCAUCAACCCAGAGUGAACCAGUGCUGAAAGGAGACACCUAGUUUGCACAGUGCAACAAAGGCAGCUGUAAAUCAGGUCCCACUGAGGGCAGCAGGAUGUUUCUUAAAGUUUCUUUCCCACCAGAUCACCGUGUCCCAGAACUACUCUUUGCUUCUAGUAAUGCUGUACCAGUUCAGGGUAAGUUCAGUAAUCAGUAGACUGCUACAAAAUAAAUCAGAUCCCUUCAGAUUAAAGAGUUACUCCAGGCUAAAGCAGAGGGGAAGUAAUAACUAUGAAAUCUGCAUUCUAAGUUUGAACUAUUGCAAAAAUCAAAGGCUGGCAGUGAUUAUCAAGAGAAGUAUUUCCCCUCCUCAGUCUUAUUUGAGGCUGUAGGGUGAUGGAUGAGCUGUCAGUAGCAGCUGGAAUUGGAGCAUUGGAAGUAGGCCCUGCCCACAUCCCUGCUACAGGACUUGCUAGGGGUGUUCGGGCAUAUCCUCUACCUGCACAGCAAUUACCUUAGCAGUCAAGCACUCCUACUGAAGCAGCACAUCAAGGACUGAAAUAAAUCCAAAAAUCCAACAGCAAACAAACCCACUGUUGAAAGGAGAAGGUCCCAGCCUGGCUCCUCUGUCCUGCAGGCCACGCAGUCCUAUCCCAACACAAGUAACACUGGAUGUGGCACUAUUCUGACCUUAUGGACAGCCAAUUCAGUCUCCUAACCCAGCAGGAAACCAUCUGCUUUCCAAUUAUCCUUUGCUUCCUAUGGCAUGACUAGGUGUAGUGCAGAUUCAGAUACGCACGCUCAUCAGUGCAACGUAGUAAGACAUAGGAGGAGGGUCCACACAAGCUGUGGCAUGUAACCAGCCUGGUGUGGGGAGGUUGGAAGUGGUGAGUUCUGUGUGCUAAAUGCCUUGUAAUACUUGGUUGGCUUGAAUGCAUGCAUAUACACGAGCCACAGCCUCUUAGAGCUCUCUCACUGUUGUCUAGAAAGUCUUACGUGUUGUGCACUAUGUCUGGAUGCAUUAAUUCCUUGUAGCAGUUAAUGGGCUAUUUCAGAGUUGAACUGUGAUCCAAAAGAUUAAGCACACACACAUCUGACAUCUUGCACAUACACCAUUAGGUGGUUACUGUGUUCCUUAGAGCAUCUUAAGCUCUCCUGAGCAUCACUCAGUCUUUGCUGCUGGUUUGGUCACUGAUGAGCAUUGAUUAUAUGCUGGGUCUUCAUUUAGGCCUCUGGUUCUUGCAGAGAAAGUAAUUUGCUUUGUUUGUUAGGCUGGUCACUGUGCUGGACUGUUCCCAGCUCCUCCAGACAUCAUCUUUGCAUGGAAAAGCUGCUAGCCCCCAGUCACCAUCCAAACUGACUGGAGGUGUCCAAGGACUGUGAAAAAUCCCCUUUCACCAUCUUCCCUGGAACACAGUCCACAUGUAAAUGACAGGAUAUUCAGGUUCCCUUUCGGGAAACCAAACAGUGGUGCAAGCUGCCUUCCCUUCUUCGGUCUUUCACAAUCUCUGCCCUUCUCGACCUCUUCAUCCCCAGGAGCUACUCAGUCCAGCCCCAGCCUUGAGUGAGACCAAGCACAGAGGGAAAGACAUGGAAGGUCUAGUUCACUUUCUUCUCCAUGCUCUCACGUCCACAGCUCUGAGAGCAGCAGGAGCUGGGCUCAGGAACGAGUAGUUUUGUCUGAAAGAGUCUAGCAGAAGGAAAUAGCAGUCAGAAAAGUGUCCAUCACCAAAUCUGUGCAGCUAUUCUGAGCUCAGAGGAGCCUCUUAGCACAGUACAGAGAAGCAGAAGGUGUACAUUGCAAAUGGGGCCAGGAGGUGGACCUGUCUAUUCAGUGACAGCAGCACAAUUGGAGAUCUUAAGCUGGGAGGCUUGAGCUACCCCUGGAUACAACACUACCCACCAGUGACAGGUCUGCAUGGGAGACUGCUGCAGCCUGAUCCCAGGAAUAGCCAGCUACUUAACCGUAAGCUGGAGUAUUUUUCAUUUUAAAUCAAAUCAAAGGCAUCUUAAAUGGAUGGUUUAAGAAUUCUCUCGUGUACCCCUAGUGACUGGUCUGGUGGGGGGAGCCAAGAUACUGUUUCCUCAUUCCUGGGAGUUCACUGCUUGGACUCACCACUCCUUAGCUGGGUUCAGUUAUUUAAGCAGGACAGCCUGGAAGAAUACAUCGUGUGAAGGACAGGGGCUGUGCUGCACACUGUAUGCAACCUUCGGGCACUUGGUGUUUGGCUCGUCUUCAUAGGUGCGGUGACCAUGGCAUCCCAAGGCCAGGUGAUGUUCUGGAGGUAUGGUAUAAUCUGUGUCUGCUUUGGGAGCAAGAAGAGGGAGGGAGCUGCUUCGUCCAGACCGCUUGACUGUAUCACACUGCUGCCGGGAGCUUUCUAGAGAGCAGUUCUUUGCAGCUUGACUCUAUACUGCAUUCACUGAGGCUACUUAUAGACCAGAAUAGCUUCUUUUCUAUGGUCAGUAAGGCAGUGCAUCUGUUGGACACCCACGUGCAGGUCAUCAAUUGCACCUAGAAUGCAGAUAGACAUCCUAGAAACUCUGCAUGGGUGGAAUAUACCAUCUCGAGGUGAAUGCUGCUGUAUAUUGGGGCAGUGAUGGCUUGAGGAAGGCUCUAUGUGCCUGCUCUGGUAGGUCGGGGUAUCCCGGGCCUGAGGAAGGUUCCACGUUCCUGCUGUUGAGCAACCAACAAGCUGUAUCUCUUCACCUCAGGUAUGAGCUCUUCCAAGCUGGAUGAAAGCAGAGGUUCCACUGAGGUGUGUGAGACACCCACACUUGGAUUUAUCCUGUAGGAAAGGCUUCGGCUGCUCAGAGUGUGUGUCCCAUGCAAGCUGAGCAGCAGUUGUGAGCAGGAUGGCCUGUGUGUGAGUGGGAGUGGCCUCUCAAGCACAAGCUGUGCUUCAUCUUUCUCACAUCCCCAUGGCUGGGGCAGCUUGUGAAGUGGAUGGCAACGCACUGUUCACGCAUGGCUUGGGGUGUGGGGUCUCAGUGCUCUCUGCUCUCUCCUCCGUGGGGACCUGUUGGGUAGGGAAGGGCUGUACUCAUGCACCAGGGGCUGCAGCCAGGAGAACUCUGCACUGGGGGAAGAACCUGGGGCUCCUCUCCUUCCACCACAUGGUCUUUUUCCACCACAUGGUUCUUUGAUGAAGAGCGCUCACAGCAGCGCUUGUCACUACCACAGUCCUGCACCUCACCAGGCCACCUCACUUCAGCUCUGUCACUUUCCUGCCUCCACCUCCUUCCUACCAGCAGCUCUGCAGACAUACGUCAGGUGUAACGGAGGUUGGCUGCAUGGUAAUGGCGUUCCUUUUUCCCCAAAUAGCAUGACCACAGUCAUUAUCAUCCUAGCUGCCGUGAUUGCUCUGAUCAUCGGGUUUGGUAUCUCAGGAAAGCGCUCCAUCAACGUCGCCGCCUUCACGUCACCUGGGAACAUUGGCCAGAGCGGCCUCCUGGGCUGCACCUUUGAGCCUGACAUCUGGAUGGGCAGCAUAGUGAUUCGGUGGGCAAAAGUUGGAGUGGCCGGAUUGGUUCAUGAGUUCAGAGAAGGGAAGGACCAGCUGCAAGAGCAAGACGUGGUGUUUCAGGGCCGCACGGUGGUUUUUGCAGACCAGGUGAUCGGUGGAAACGCUUCCCUGGAGCUGAGGGAGGUGCAGCUGUCUGAUGCUGGUACCUACAGGUGCUCCGUCACCACGUCCCGAGGGAGUGGAGCUGCAGUGCUGCGGUACCGGACGGGAGCCUUCAGCACCCCCAGGGUCCAGGUGCAGACCAGUGGCAGCGGGCACACAUUGCACUGCGAAGCGCCGCGGUGGUUCCCUCGGCCUACCGUGCACUGGACGGCAUACAGCGAGGCUGGGAAGUGCCUGCCUCAUGCUGCCAACACCAGCUAUGAGCUGAACUCUGAGAAUAUCACUCUGAAAGUGGUUUCCUUUCUGCACGACACUACAGCCAACGCCACGUACACCUGCGUGAUUGAAAACAGCAUUGCCAAGGCUACAGGGAACAUCAAAGUGACAGAUUUCAACAUCACAAGGGAGACCAGCUUGCACGUGGUGAACCUGAACACGGAGUCAGUGUCUUCCUCCCUUCCAGCCUGUCACUGGAUGCUUCUGCUUCCCAUGUGUCUGCUGUCAAUAUAGAACAUCCGGAAAUGCUGUUGGAUGAGGAGCCAUCUGGCCUUGCAGCGUUACACAAUACCCAGAAGACAGUAUCAACAGCAGAGCAUCCACUGGUGAGCCUAACAAAUCAGCCUCUGCGUGCCUGGACCCACGCCCACAUGCUAGCUGUUAGCACAGGUGGCUUGAAGAAAACGUCCCCUUAAAUGAGAAACUGCACAGCUGUGGCAGCAUGAGAUCAGACGUCACUACCCAUGAAUUUAAAAUCCUUCAGUGCUUCAAUUUCUGUGGCCGUGGUGAGGAUUUCCAGACCUACACUUAAUUCUACCUUCUGUCUUGUCUAAGGCCAAAAGCCACCGUGUUUGUAAGUAACUCUGGCUUUCUAGGCCACAAGGGCACACUGCUGGCAAAUUCCCAACCUGUUGUCCACCAGGACACCCAGGUACUUCUCUGCAGAGCUCCUUUCCAUGAGCUCAGCACCUAACCUCUACUGAUGCAUGCUGUUUUUCCUCCCCAGGUGUAGGACUCUGUAUUUGCCCUUGUUGAACCUCACAAAGAUCCUCUCUGCCUGAUACCUUUGAACAAUUACUAUCCUGGCUAGCUAGAUGAUAUAUUUUCCACUUAAAACUUGAACAGAAGUAUUCCGAGUUUGUCACUACAAUACUAAGGAUGAUUCGAUACUAUUUUAUAUGCUUUUGUGUAAAGUAAAAACAGUAAGUGUCACUUUAUACAACAAUAUUAAUAUACUCUUUCUGUAUUUUUUGCAUCCAUGGAAACUCCAUGGAAAUCCUCCAAAGGUCUUGUUCUGUGGGCAGAGAAGGCAGCUCUCCUUCCCCAGAGUGGUGAAACAGCUUCUAGCUUCCUUCCCACACCCAUUAUUACAAAAGUCAGCAGUGUUUGCUCACCAGGCUGCAGGACUUUGGAGGGCUUCCUGUCUAGGCUGAAAUCCAGCAGAAUUGGGCGACAGAUGAGAGAACUCCUGCAGAGGUUCCUUAGAUAGCAAGCAAUGGGAUCCUCAAGUUCCUCCACACACUGAGGAAGGAAAGGGUGUGUUGUCAGUAUGUGUGUGGAGGGGGGCAGGGAGCCCCUGAAACACCCACAGCAAAGGGAAAUCCAGUCCCACUGAGAGUCACACCCUGCAUGCUGCAGUCCCUGCCAGAAUAACCCACUCACCCCGGUCCCAGUAGCUUCCCCAUACUGAAUGAACAGGCUGCCUCUGCUCUGCACACAGCUUUGCACAGCUUCCCAUUCGAGAAGGCUCAGGCCCAGCAUUGCUGCCACGUGCUGGUUCCUGCACAGCACCAAAGCUUCACCUGUUCCAUCCUCCACCAGCACCCUAUGGAGAGAGCAGGCAGAUGAAGAAGUGGAGGGAGGUCAGGACAACACCCUGCCCCUUCACAAACAUCGCAUCCCAGACAAGUCCCAGUAAAGAGAGGUUUGUCUACAUCUGAGAAGACAUGAGGAAUCUCAACUCCUAUCUUCGCUAUUCUGUCCGCAACCCAAAAUCCAUGAUUUGCCUAUCCCCUCCUGAGUCACACAGUUUGUUCCCUCCUACCCACCUCUUCCCAGUAUCCAGCCUCUACAGUGCUUACCGUGCACUGGCUUGUCUCACUCCACUGUGUGAUGGACAUGGUGGACUGUGUCGGGUGCACCUCCCCUGAAGGAAGAGUAAAGCUACAGCUAUGUAUGGGUGGCUACAAGAGAGAAGGUGAAUGGCCACUGUUUCUUUUAAUUCCCCUAGCUAACUACGCAAAGGAUUAAAGAACUUAACUGUCUUUUCAGUGGGUGCCUUGAGAAAAGUUUUUUAUUGAGAAGGAAAAACACACUGCAAGGUGAUACACCUCAAGAACUGUGCACAGUGCACAGCAGGAUUCUCCCCUGAAAGUCCUUACUCUACUCCUGCUCCUUGCUGCAGACCUGCCUGAUACCAGAUGCAUACUCCUAAUCAGCUGUCAUUUUGAUCCUUUUCCAAUAUGCAAGUCUUUUUCAGACACUAGAAUAAAGGGUUCUAGGAUUAGGAUAGGAACUUAUUUCUUCUACAUGGUAGCAUAAGACAUACGAGUAGAAAGUCUGCAGGCCUCCUGCCAGGUUCUCUCUGGAAGCUUCCAUACCUCUUUGAAGAUGCUGCUGCAGAGAGAGCAAACCCACUGCAGGGAGAGGGUCAACACACAGGACACGUGGCAUAAAAUCCGUGCCUGGGGCAGGGCUUGUAGCUGAUGUUGCAAGUUGGAUAUAAACACCAGAGAAGGGGAUGAGGCUCUUCCUGCACAACUAGAAGAAACAGGACAACGGGAAACUUGGAACAGGAAAAUCCUUCUCAGGACACUGAAAGGUAGGAACAGAACCUGGACUCACCUGGAAGUAAAAAGUUGGUGAGAAGCUGGGAGAGACAGGAUGGUCACACAGCUGGAAGCAACGUAUGCGCAGUAAACGUUAUGGAAUCUGCAAUACGAGAGCAUAAAUGUCAGCAACAGCUCAUAGAAAACAAA